CGGUGAACGUCCGGAUCACGGGUACAGUUUCCAAAGGCAACGUUUGGGGCAGGUCAUGAGCUGUACAAAUAUUCGAAUUCCGACACUUUGUACCUUAAAUAUGCAACAAAUCUAACCCAAAUGGGUGCCAAAUGUGGCAAGAGUUUGGAAUCUUCAAGACAGGGUUGACUACUGAGCAAAGAAAGAGAACAGCGUACGAGAGGAGUCCGAUGAUUAUGCUGCCAUAGGUCACAUGUCUAUGCCAGCACAAAUCCUAGUUGAGCCCUGAAUAGCGUUGCCAUUGUAAGAGGAUCAGGAAAGCUUUACACCAACGAUGCCUACCAAAAAGGUGGCCUCUGACUCCGAGGAGGUGGGGUCGGAAGCCGAGUCAGAAGACAAUAAGCACAAGGAGUUGAUGAACGUAAACUGCAAGUUUAUAUCAUGGACUGGUCCUGGGAAGCGUGUUCCAAUCCUCAUCUUCAAGGCAGAGAACAUGUUUGUCAAGAACAAGGAACUGAAGAUGGUUGGAGAGAAGUACCACCUGUCCUACAAGAUGGUGAGAACUGAGAGUAAGCUGGUCAGGUCCAUCCUGGCAUCUCACGGCUUCCAUGAGGUCCACCCAAACAGCAAUGACUUUAACCUGAUGUGGACAGGUAGUCAUCUCAAGCCUUUCUCCCUCCGCUGCAUGCACGAGUUUCAGAAGAUCAACCACUUCCCCAGGUCUUACGAGCUGACACGUAAAGACAGGCUCUACAAGAACAUACAGAGGAUGCAACAGUCCAAGGGAGUGAAGAAUUUUGACUUCAUCCCGGGGAGUUUCAUCCUGCCAUCUGAGUAUCAGGAGUUCUGCACCGCCUUUCUAAGAGACAAAGGACCGUGGAUAGUCAAGCCCAUUGCUUCCUCCCGGGGACGAGGCAUCUACCUGGUGAACCAUCCCCAGCAGGUUCCAGUGGACGAGAAUAUCCUGGUGUCCAGAUAUAUCCACAACCCUCUCACUAUUGAUGGUUUCAAGUUUGAUAUCAGAAUAUAUGUGGCGGUGACUUGCUACGACCCACUACUCAUCUAUCUGUAUGAAGAAGGGCUUACAAGAUUUGCUACAGUAAAGUACGAGAAGUCCAACAGAACACUGAAGAACCAGAUGAUGCAUCUGACAAACUACAGCGUCAACAAGAAGAGUUCAGACUAUGUCAGAUGUGAUGACCCAGAUGUGGAGGACUACGGUAACAAGUGGACGAUGAGUGCAAUGUUGAGAUAUCUCAAACAGGAGGGGCUGGACACCACAGCCCUGAUGGUGAGAAUAGAGGAUGUUGUGGUGAAGACCAUCCUCAGUGCAGAGAUGCACAUCGCCACAGCCUGCAAGAUGUUCAUGCCAUACAGAGGAAACUGUUUUGAGGUGUACGGGUUUGACAUCCUGGUUGAUGAGAACCUGAAGCCAUGGCUGCUGGAGGUCAACCUAUCCCCAUCACUGGCAUGUGAUGCCCCGUUGGAUCUGAAGGUCAAGUCUCACAUGAUCGCUGAUCUGUUUGCGCUGACAGGCUUUAUGUGCCAUGACCCCAUGGUGAGGAAGAUUCAGCAGAGCAAACGAAACCAGGACAUUGCAGCCAAAACAGCUCAGAGAGCACAGUCGGCUCGUGAGAGGCCGGAUUUUUCUGUGGGGAGGCAAAGACCUCAGUCUGCGGGCAGUGUGAACGUCAGGCAGCUGAGGGACCGGCCUCAGUCUGGGCCAGGGUCGUGGGCCAAAGUUGAAGGGUCAAGUUUGAGCAGGGAGGAACAGAAGGUGUUGGUGAGGGUGAAAGAAGAGUUUGGCAGGAAAGGUGGAUUCAUCAGGCUGUUCCCUGCACCAGACUCCUGGGAACACUAUGGGGCAUUCCUUGAGUACAAGACUACCAUGAACAAAAUGCUGGUUGACAAGCUUUUCCCAAAUAGGGCCAGGGGCUACAGGGGUGGUAGAUCCACAAGUGCAAGCUAUUCUUCUGCCACGGCAAAGUCAGGGACAAUGGCUCAGGCUAGUAUUGAGCCUGAGAUGACCCUGCGCAGCAGGGCCAAGCAAUACGAGAGGAAAAAGUACACAGCAGAUGCAAGAAAGAGACAGCGCAAGAUCAAAGAGACCAAGAGGAACAGAAACACUCCCAAUGGGUCUAUCAAAGGCCGGCUAGCUCAGGGGCAGUACGACACCGAGAGCUCAGAAGAAGAGGAAGAAUCAGAAGAAGAAAGUGACGAGGAACUCACAGCUGACGAUUCUGAUGUCGACAGUGCAACAUCCGCCACGGAUCACAAAGCAGGAGACAGAACUAAGAAAGUCUCUACUGCAGCAGCAAGUGCUAGUAAGUCUAGAGCCGUUCAGGCCAGUGCUUCAUCAACUAGUGAAGGAAAUGUACAAGCUUCGGCAGCAGCUAACAAGCUGUCAGGGAAGCCGCCUAUUGCAGCUUCUGCCUCUACAAAGACUUUAGGAACAAGUGCCACGGAGUGUUCGGAAGCUUCCUCGCAUCAGGCCACUACCAAGUCCGGUGCGACGGUAACUGUGUCAAAGUCCGGUCCAUCAAGUGGAUCAGGUCGGGCGCGUACAUCGGCAGACGGACAUUCCGCUACGGAAGCGUCCGAUACGGGUAACGAGAGUAAUGCGGACAGUGCACAUAGCGGGCAUGGGGAACAGGGAAGAGGCGUGGGGAACGCAGCAGGGACUGGGAAGCCGUCCUCAGAGAGAGACGCAUAUGUUGGCUCAGCGGGGGGAACAAAGGAGGAGCGGCAGGGACCCAUCAGUAGGACAGCGUCAGUCUACCCUCCUGAAGUACCAAGACACUUCCACGAUGUUCCUGCCACCUCACAGCAGCCCAAGGUCAUCAACCUGGUGAAAAUACUGGAGGAUGGUGGCAACCUGAGUAAAGUCCAGGCGAGGUCAGCGUUUGCCAUGUACCUGCAGCGUGUCCAGCAGAGACUGCUACAGGAGUCCCACAACAAGGACGACAAGGGAGAGCCUCGCCAUGAUGAACAGAUGGACCUGGUGCUGAGGUUCCUGAAGAGAGCGGCAGGGAACCUGCAGCAGCCCUUCAAGGUGGUGGUGCCCAGCAGGAAACUUCCACUGCAUGACAGGAGGAGGAUCCUGGCCAAACAGCUGGGAGACUUCGUACAUAUCUACAGCAGGGAGACAGACUUGCUUUCCCAGAGGACAGAGUUGGACAAGAAAUACGGCCAAACGUCUCAGGCAAAGGACGGACCAGAGUCGACAGUCACAAAGGAGGACUUCAGGGCAUUCAUAGGGAUAGCAAGUGAGGGGGAGUUAGAAGAGGUCUUGACGACUUACACCAAGCUGAACAAGUCGGCCAGUAUAUUCCUGGGCAGCAAUGCCAAGACAGUGAACCCCGGGUACAAGUUCUACCCCCCGCCUCCCUCACCGGGGGCAGGGGAGACUGCUCUGGGCAGGAGGAAAGAGGACAGCAACCAGCUGGCACAAGGGGUGCCGACUACAGAGUACCCAGUAACCAUCCACAUCCCCCAUGGAGCAGCCCACCCGUCCACCGGCCCCCACUCGGCCAGCAGCCAGAGCAGCCUGACGUCGGGGUCCAGCAGUGCCAGCCACGGCCCCACAGCACAGCCCACCCAGCAGGCACCUCCCAACAGGGACGCCUAUCCUGGGAACUACUUCAGGCCGCAGGUUCAGCCUGGGACAACCACAGGCACCGAGGGUGUGCAGCCAAACGUAACUACAACUACAGGCUAUGCAAGGAAGAGCAUGGGGCCCUCUGGUAUGACUGGACAACACCAGAGGUCAGCCUCUGCAGGCAGAUACACCGGUCCGAUGUCAGGUGUGGACAUCCCCACCAGCUCACUAUCAUCUCUCCAGGCUGCUGCCUACAUCUACAGCACCAAGCUGACCGGCACCGUGAAGAACAGGCCGUCCUCAGCCAGUAAAGCUGUGUUGACUGAGGCUGAAAAGGCAGCACAGCGCCACACUCUGCUUUUCAAAUCUAGCAAACCACCAUAUGGGAGAAGGAAGGGCCGGCCGCCCAGCGCAGGCCGUGGGGGGUCAGGCAGCAGGCCGGGCAGUGCAGGCAGACCCGGGAGUGCCACCCGCACACGACCCAUGUCUGCUGUCACCUACAGGGACAAACCUGACGGACAGACAGCUCCACAGAACUACAGAGAACAGAGUGAACAGGCUAUAAACGAGGCCCUGCAGCGUCUCGCGGAGCGCCAGGCAGCCCGGCAGUACUCCGCCCCCAGCGCCCACCACAUCCUGGCCCAGCAGCUCGCCAACAUCAACCUCGCUGCCUCCAAACACAUCGCCGCCAUGAAGAGCGCCGCCGCCGCGAAGAAGCCACGAGCUCGCACCGCAUCGUGGGCAGGGUCAGUGCCGACCAGCACAGGGAUCGCUGAGGGGAUAUACGCAAACGUGCAGGAAGCCGAGAGCGGGAAGACCAGAACUGCCUCCGAACUGAGAGGAGGCGACGCAACCUUCAACAGUUUUGUGGAGGACGUUGGCCAGGGUCCAGCGGGCUGGGACCAGGGAUAUGGGACAGGCAUUCCCACCAGCUCCUACCAGCUGCAGUAUGGGAGUCAUCAGACAGGGGGAGUCACAGAUGACAGGGACAGGCAGCAUCAGCAGCUGAAGCAACAGUCACAGGAGCUGUUACAGGAGAGUAAAGCCAAGCACCAGGCGAUGAUCGCGGCGGCUCACACGGCAGCACAGCAGCGCGCCAAGCAGCACCACGACGGGGACAGCGCCGCCAAGAUGGUCCCCAAACCCCCUCCCCAGCCUGCCGGCACCAGGAAACCUGUCUCCACCCAGAGGAUGGCGAGGACGAUGAUGUUGGAUGAUCCAGGUAACUUCUACAGUAGUGUGAAAUACGACACAGCUACAGGUGUCACCAAGUCUGCAUACGCCUCAGGUACGUGA